AUGGAUGCCUUCAAAUUAUUGACACGAGGACAGAAAUUGAAGCCCGCCUCGUCAGCCUCGGAGUCUCGCCUGCCGUCAACUGGGAAAGCUGCCAACCCGCAGCUCUUCCGGACUGCGGAGGCCGACAAGCUCGAGUCUGCUAAGAGUGGUAAAAAAAGAAAAAGAGGCGCUGCCCCUCAAGAGGAUGAAGAAGAUCUACCUGAUCUCGAUUUUUUCAGUUCAAACAAACGCCCUGCAGCCAGCGUGACGGAAACUGCUGCUAUUGCCAAGGGUGAUGAUGAAAAAGUCCCUGCGAAGGAUGCCGUAUCAGAUGAUGACGACGAGUCCAUGGAUGAAGUACAGCGCCGCACCAUCCUGAACUCACACAAGAUCAAGGUUACAGACAUGCGUGGCUUGGAUGAGAUUCAGGCCCAGUCUACACCUACCAGUGAAUCGAAGAAGAAAAAGAAGAAGUCAAAGAAAGACGAGGCGCCGACUCUCAGCAAGAAAGAGCAAAAGCGUGCCCGACGCUUGUUCCCAGAGCCGCUGCUUAGCUUCAAGGAGCUCCGCUCUAAGUACAAGAUUUCCUCGCGACUUGCAGAGAACGUCGCGGAGCAAGGAUUCACGGUACCUACAGAGGUUCAACUUGGAACCCUUCCGUUGCUCCUUGGGAAGUCUUCCGAGCCAGAUCUUCUGGUGGUCGCUCCCACCGGCAGCGGAAAAACCCUGUCAUUUUUGAUUCCCAUGAUCAACAAAAUCGUUCGACACCACCACUCAAAUCCCGACGAGCACGGUAUCCUAGGUGUGGUUGUGGCCCCUACCAGGGAGCUCGCCAGCCAAAUUGUCAACGAGGGUCGCAAGCUAGUGGCUGGAACUGGCGUGAAGAUAACCUUGAUGAAAAAGGGUAUGCGCGUUGCUGAUAGCGGUGAUGCCAAUGUCCUCGAAGAGAAUAGCGAAGAAUCAUCUGGAUCCGAAGAUGAAAACACCGAGAGCAAGCCAACCAAGGACCGAGCCAACAUUCCAGUCACGAAAAGUGAUAUUCUCGUCACCACGCCCCUGACGCUGGUCAACGCUCUAUCUGCGAAUCGGACUACCACCAUGGCAACAUUGCCCCUGGUGCGGAGCCUGGUUAUGGACGAAGCUGACGUCCUCUUGGAUCCGUUGUUCCGGGAACAGACGCUCGACAUUUGGAAGUCAUGUUCACACCCCGAUCUUCGGGUGGGCCUCUGGUCGGCCACUAUGGGAUCCAACAUCGAGGAUCUUACCAAGUCGACCAUCAAAGAGCGACUGGAAGAUCUCAAUCUAAAGCCAAGUGAGCCACACCCGCUGCUUCGUCUAGUUGUAGGGUUGAAAGACUCUGCAAUCCCAAACAUUGAGCAUAAACUCGUCUAUGCCGCUACGGAGCAGGGUAAACUGCUUGGACUUCGUCAACUUCUCCGCCCCGCUGCAGCAUCAGCAUCAGAUAUUCGUCUUCGCCCUCCUUUCCUCAUUUUCACACAGACCAUCCCUCGUGCGGUGGCCUUGCACUCUGAACUCAAAUACGAUAUUCCCGCCGAAGCAGGUGGCUCCUCACGUAUUGCCGUUCUCCACUCCGACCUCUCGGACGGCCAGCGGUCGGACAUCAUGCGCGAUUUCCGCAAAGGCGAGAUCUGGAUCCUGGUCACGACAGACCUGCUAGCUCGUGGCGUCGAUUUCCGCGGCAUCAACGGUGUGGUCAAUUACGAUAUCCCCAACUCAGCCGCUGUGUAUGUUCACCGCGUGGGACGAACCGGUCGUGCUGGUCGCGAGGGCGGUAUCGCCGUGACAUAUUACACCAAAGAAGAUAUUCCCUACGUGAAGAGCAUUGCCAACAUUAUCGACGUCAGCGAAAAGCUACGUGGGACAGAAGGCGACAAGUCUAUUCAGAAAUGGUUGCUCGACGCUCUGCCCAAUCUGAGCAAGAACAGCAAGAAAGACUUGAAGAGGCAUGGCGUCAAGGAGCGCCAGUCUGCGAGAUUGAAUGAGAAAGAGGACGAUGGAAAGGGCGCUCGUGGUAUGAGAAUCAGCACAAAGAGUGGUUUCGAGCGUCGACUGGAGAAUAAAAAGAAGGGCGCUAUCGCCGCCAGCCGCAACAGAAAGGCUGCGGCGGCAGCAAGUGGUAAUGCUAGUGACACUGGCAGCUGGGCUGGACUGGACUGA